AUGGCUUCUCCAGACGACCCUCUGCGCGCAGGUAAAGUGACACCGCGCCCUCCCCUUGAGCGGGGACCGCGGGCUGGCAGCUGCCCGGGACGCCCUGCGGCUGCUGCGGAGCUGUCGGGCCGAACCUCCGGGCCAACCACGGGGACCCCGGGACGAGCCGGACCGGGUGCUCACUCCCUGGCCGCGCGAGGUGGCGCUGGCUGGGACAGCGGCGGCGCCCGGGCCCGUGGGCGCGGCGCGAGCUUUCCCACCCGCGAGCGGCUGCUGGUCACCGCCUCUGCCCCCAUCCCGCGUCCCCUGCAGCCCCUGCCCCUAGUCAUCCCGCGCGCGCCCAAGACGCUCCUUCCCUCUUUCCACGCUGCGGCCCCAGCGGCUUUUGUUCUGGUCCAGGGGUGCCAGGUUGAAACAAGUGCAGCAAACCUCUCUGGCAGAAAAGAUCUCAAGGCCAUUUCAAGGCCCUCUCGGUUUUACCAGUUGUUAAGACAGCACAUAAUAUUGAAUCUUAAUUUUAAGUCUUUCACCACAGAGUGUGUGCUUUCUUUAUCAAGCUUUGUGAUUCUUUUUUUCGUAGCCAAGGAGUGUGAUACACUUACUUUGAACUGCUCAACCAAUUCUGAUGAGCAACAUCAGGGAGAAGAAAAUGGCUUUCCAGACACUACUGGAGAUCCCCUUUCAGAUUUAAGCAAGGACACAUCCUGUAAAGAAAAUUGUACGUGUUCCUCAUGCUCGCUCCAGGCCCCCAACAUAAGUGAUUUGCUCAAUGACCAGGAUGUAUUAGACGUGAUCAGGAUAAAGCUGGAUCCCUGUCACCCGACAGUAAAGAACUGGAGGAAUUUUGCGAGCAAAUGGGGCAUGCCCUAUGAUGAAUUGUGCUUCCUGGAGCAGAGGCCCCAGAGCCCCACCUUGGAGUUCUUGCUCCGGAACAGUCAGAGGACGGUGGACCAGCUGAUAGAGCUCUGCAGGCUCUACCACCGGGCCGACGUGGAGAAGGUCCUGCGGAGGUGGGUGGAGGAGGAGUGGCCCAAGAGGGGCCGUGGAGACCACCCCCGGCACUUCUAGAGUGCUCCUCCUUCCUUCGUUGGCCUCUGCAGACAUUGAAACCACCAUGGGUCAAAGAGGAAUGUUAAUCUGUUCUUUUUUACGAGUUGAGGAUAAGGACGUGGAACAGAGGACAUUUGUUUUCCCCAAGCAGGUGGUUUUGUGGAGGGUAGGCUGUGAUUCGGUGGUGGAUUUUUGUUUGUUUUUGCACAUCUGUUUUUAUUUAAUAUUUGAAUCUAGAAUUGGGGAAAAAAUAUUUUGUCAGCUCAUGUAGGAGCCAGAGAUUACGAUCAGAAUGGAUUCAUGCCAUUAUGAAUAGAAAAUGAUCUUCUCCCUUGAGUACUGCUAGAGAUUUAAACAAAAUAGGGGCUGGAAUUAUUGAUGGUCCUCGAACAGUCAUCAUACAUAGACUCUCCGUGAUCAAUGGCACUCCCACCACUUGGAAGAAAACAACACUGAGAAGCCUGUUUGUUGCUUUUUUUUGUUAUAAAGUACUUAUGGGAAUUUA